AUGCAUGGUAAAUGUGGUACUACCUAUGAAAGUGGUUCUUUACGUCGUUAUCAUCUUGGUCGAACAGAAACUAUUCGUUCAUGUACAUUACAAGCCCAAUUAUUUGCUCGUACUAUGUCUGAAAAACAUAAUGAAACAGCAAAUGAUACUAAAUAUGAUCUAUUUCUGAAUGCUAUGCAAGCACAUCGACAAUAUACAAAUGAUGCAAUCAAUGCUAAAGGUGUCGAUCGACAUUUAUUAGGAUUACGAUUAAUUGCAAUGGAAAAUAAAUUACCAAAACCUGCAUUAUAUGAUCAUAUUAGUUAUAAACGUGCAAUGCAUUUUAAUCUUUCAACAAGUCAAGUUGCUGCAAAACAUGAUUGUGUAAUGAUUUAUGGUCCAGCUGUCAAUGAUGGAUAUGGUUGUUGUUAUAAUCCACGUCGUGAUUCAAUAAAUUAUAUGAUAACAGCUUUUACAAUAAAUAAUGAAGGAACUAAUGUCAAAGAACUUUCAAAUCAUUUCGAUCGUAGUCUUACAGAUAUUCGAACAUUAAUUGCACUAAAUACAACUAAGACAAUGAAAUCCAAAUUAUAG